AGGUACUACCAUUUAAGGAAACUUUCUUGCCAGCAAAUCUAUGAUAAAAAAUAUAAGUAACAGAGGAAAUCAUAACUGUUAUUUGUCAAGUGACAAGUUUUUAAUGUCAGAAUGGCUCACCUAAAGCGACUAGUAAAAUUGCUUAUUAAAAGAUAUUACCAUAAAAAGUUCUGGAAGCUUGGUGCAGUAAUUUUUGUCUUUAUAAUAGUUUUGAUUUUAAUGCAAAGAGAAGUAAGUGUUCACUAUUCCAAAGAGGAAUCAAGGAUGGAAAGAAACAUGAAAAACAAAAACAAGAUGUUUGAUUUAAUGCUAGAAGCUGUAAAUAAUAUUAAAGACGCAAUGCCAAAAAUGCAAAUAGGAGCACCUGUCAGGCAAAACAUUGAUGCUGGUAAGAGACCCUGUUUGCAAGGAUAUUAUACAGCAGCCGAAUUGAAACCCGUUCUUGACCGCCCACCUCAGGAUUCUAACGCACCUGGUGCCUCUGGUAAAGCAUUCAAGACAAUCAACUUAAGUAUUGAAGAACAAAAGGAAAAAGAACGUGGGGAAACAAAACACUGUUUUAAUGCUUUUGCAAGUGACAGAAUUUCUUUACACCGAGAUCUUGGACCAGACACUCGACCUCCUGAAUGUAUUGAACAAAAAUUUAAGCGCUGCCCUCCCCUGCCUACCACCAGUGUCAUAAUAGUUUUUCAUAAUGAAGCGUGGUCCACGCUGCUUAGAACUGUCCACAGUGUCCUCUAUUCUUCGCCUGCAAUACUGCUGAAGGAAAUCAUUUUGGUGGAUGAUGCUAGUGUAGAUGAUUACUUACAUGAUAAACUAGAAGAAUAUAUAAAACAAUUUUCUAUAGUAAAAAUAGUCAGACAAAAAGAAAGAAAAGGUCUGAUCACUGCUCGGUUGCUAGGAGCAGCAGUAGCAACAGCUGAAACACUCACAUUUUUAGAUGCUCACUGUGAGUGUUUCUAUGGUUGGUUGGAACCUUUGUUGGCCCGAAUAGCUGAGAACCACACUGCAGUCGUGAGUCCAGAUAUUGCAUCUAUAGAUUUGAACACUUUUGAAUUCAAUAAACCUUCUCCUUAUGGAAGUAACCAUAACCGUGGAAAUUUUGACUGGAGCCUUUCAUUUGGCUGGGAAUCACUUCCCGAUCAUGAGAAACAAAGAAGGAAAGAUGAAACCUACCCAAUUAAAACACCCACUUUUGCAGGAGGCCUUUUUUCCAUAUCGAAAGAAUAUUUUGAGUAUAUUGGAAGUUAUGAUGAAGAAAUGGAAAUCUGGGGAGGUGAAAAUAUAGAAAUGUCUUUCAGAGUAUGGCAAUGUGGUGGGCAGUUGGAGAUUAUGCCUUGCUCUGUUGUUGGACAUGUUUUUCGCAGCAAAAGCCCUCAUACGUUUCCAAAAGGCACUCAGGUGAUUGCUCGCAAUCAAGUUCGCCUUGCAGAAGUCUGGAUGGAUGAAUACAAGGAAAUAUUUUACAGGAGAAACACAGAUGCAGCAAAAAUUGUUAGACAAAAAUCAUUUGGUGAUCUUUCGAAAAGAUUUGAAAUAAAACACCGUCUUCAAUGUAAAAAUUUUACAUGGUAUCUGAAUAAUAUUUAUCCAGAAGUGUAUGUGCCAGACCUUAAUCCUGUUAUAUCUGGAUAUAUUAAAAGCGUUGGUCAGCCUCUCUGUCUUGAUGUUGGAGAAAAUAAUCAAGGGGGCAAACCAUUAAUUUUGUAUACAUGUCAUGGACUUGGGGGAAACCAGUACUUUGAAUAUUCUGCUCAACAUGAAAUUCGGCACAACAUCCAGAAGGAAUUAUGUCUUCAUGCUGCUCAAGGUUCUGUUCAGCUGAAGGCAUGUGCCUACCGAGGUCAUAAGACAGUUGUCACCACAGAACAGAUAUGGGAGAUCCAGAAGGAUCAACUUCUGUAUAAUCCAUUCUUUAAAAUGUGCCUUUCAGCAAAUGGAGAGCAUCCAAGCUUAGUGUCAUGUGAUCCAUCAGAUUCACUCCAAAAAUGGAUUUUCAGCCAAAACGAUUAAGUGUUCCUUAAAAUUAAGGAGUUGAAAAAGGAGAUAUUCGUUCUCAUAAAACUGUGACUAGGCAUACACUGUAGUUUUUGAAAAUUAUGCAAAAGCAGCUAAUUGUAACUUAUUCCAAGUGCAUUUUUCUUAUUUAUAUCUUUAAAUGUCUAUGUAGCACUGCUACAGAAAUCCCAUAAGUUUCUGUUUCAAAGCACAAUAACUAGUGAUACCAAAGACUAUUUUUAAAUGUUCAGAUGUAGGGGAAAAAUGUUUACAGUAUGAUGAAAGUAAUUUUCCAAGUAAAGUGAUGUUUGUGUGUUUUGUACACCUGAGGAUAUGCAUAGCUACGUUCACACACAAUUUAAGAUAUUUCCCCUAGUUUUUUCGGGGGAGGGAGUAAUAUUUGAUACUUAUAUUUUUUUAACUCCUUAGAAAUGGAUCAAUGAAGGUCAAACAUUGGCCUUUCUGUAUAAACCAGGAAAUUUUUAUAGAUCUAGAAUUUAUUAUUUUAAAAUGCAGGUAAACUUUUUGUCUUUUAUUUACUUGUCUGUCGAAUGUUUUCUUAAACAUAAAAUUGAGUAAGAAGGAGAAUAUUUUUAACACUUAAAUUUCUUGGAAAUUUUAAAAAUAUUUUUUGGUCUGAAGCCAAUUCCAUUUGAAGCACUUAAGUCUUCCUUAAAUGACUUUUUAAAAGUAAUUGUACUGUGUGUUUUCCCAGAGUAAUCAGAAAAAAAACUUUAUAAAUCACUAUCUGUUGCAAAGGUGUCCUUUUCCUUUCUGCUAGUCUUUUUUUUUUUUUUUCCCUUACCAAAUUCACUAAUCUUGAAUGUUUGUGAUGUUAAAUUUCAGUGUAGACUACCUGACUCAUUUAAAGCUAAAUUUUAUUUGUUACUGAUUCAAUUAUAGAUUUUCUUUGUAAUAGAUUUUUUUCAUCAAAAAGCCUUAUUUUUAUCUAUGUGGAAAACACAAUAAAAAAAUCCUAAACACUAUUGUAA